UCAGCGACCCAGCUCGGUACGCUUUUUUCGAUGCCUCCCAAGUCCAUUUUUCGUCAGCCAGGCGCAAGACACUUUCAGGUGGUCCACAGAUCUCAAAGAGACCCUCUUAUCCAUGAUCCCGACGUUAGUCAGCAUGUACUGAAGGAAAUCGCCCGACAAAGCGACAAGAAGGGAAAAAGUCGAGCCGAUCUAGAAGCCACUCUUGACCACGUAGAAAUCGCUCGUGAUGCUGAGGCCCGUGUUGGAGAAGCUGCUACAUACGGAAUUUACUACAAUGAUACGGAAUACGACUACAUGCAGCAUCUUCGGCCUGUCGGUGUGCAGGAAGCUGGUGUUGAGAGCGUAUUAAUCGAGGCUCCGAGCACCAAAAAACUCAAUAAAAAGGCUGAAGGCUCGAAAACCAAGCCUGGUAUCUUGCUGCGAGAUUUGCCGCAAGAAGUAUUACCUUCCACUUCAGAACUCCCCCGGACUUAUGAAUCGCAACAAGAUAUUCCGCAAAGCAUAUCUGGCUUCCAGCCGGAUAUGGACCCACAUCUUAGACAGACACUCGAAGCUCUAGAGGACGAUGCUUUUGUAGAUGACGACCUCGCAGAUGAUUUCUUCGGAGAUCUGAUUGAAGGAGGAGCACGAGAUAGUGAUGAAGGAGUAGAGUUUGAAUUUUAUGAACAUGGACCUCCGGAAGACCGCCAGAAUGUAUUACCAGAAAAAGAGCCGGACACAUGGGAAGAACGUUUUGCUCAAUUCAAAGCUGCUCGAAAGGCCUCACCGCUUUCUUCAACAAGCGACGACGAGCAUGACUUCGCCUCAGAGGGUGGAGAUACAGUCUCUGGUCUUCCAGCCAUAUCUGUCAUCGGCGGCAAAGGCAAAAGGAGACACAAAGGAGGUAGCGAUGCUUCUGGAUACAGCAUGAGUAGCUCUAGCAUGUACCGAAACGAGGCCCUUCAAACACUGGAUGAACGUUUCGAUCAGGUUAUGCUCAAGCAAUACAACGACGAGGAAGAGGACGAAGAUGAUGAGGCGUCAUUUCUUUCAGAUGAAGAUAACGACGAAGCUCCGCAGUUAAUUACCUCCCGGGAGGAUUUUGGCUCAAUGAUGGACGAAUUCCUCAAUGACUACGAAAUUCUCGGUCGUAAGAUGAAACCCAAGCUUGACGGAGACACCGGAGCAGAAAAACUCGACACUCUUCGCAGAGCUAUGGGUCAAGACGAGCGCAUCCGUGGGAGCCUUGCCGACGCAGAAGACCGCGAUAAUGACGAUGAUAACGAGUUUUUGCGAAUAGAUGAGGAGAAAAAGGAUCGAUGGGAUUGUGAAACCAUACUUACGACAUACUCCAAUCUUGAAAAUCAUCCGCGACUUAUCCGUGUUCGACACUCCAAGCCGGUACCUAAAAUUUGCCUUGAUCCCAAGACUGGCCUUCCAAGUGUCAUCGAUGCUACUUCCAAACCUGCCUCCAAACAUACUUCAAAAAUCAAAAAGGAUUUUGACUCGUUUGCAAAUGAAUCUGAUGACUCACCUUAUGAAGAUACCUCUCCCCAACUCUCAGAAAAAGUCACUCGGCCGCGCAAUGAAGAUCCAGAGUCUAAAAAAGCGCGCAAAGCUGCUGUGAAGGCACGGCAAGCUGAACGUAGGGCGGAUAAAAAGGCGACGAAGCAAAUUUUCGGGAAGGAGUUGAGGUCCGCGAAAGUUAAAGCUCUACAAGAACAUCCAACUGGUAUCAGGAAAUUGUGACCCAGUCAUUUUAUUCUUAUGUAGAAAAAUUUGCUGUUGGGCCUACAGUGAUGCACUGUGGUGUAGACCAAUGGUAAACAGAUCUUUGCUGCUCGACAAACUUAUCGCUAUCGACUCGUUAAUUAAUAUGUUGUGGGAUCUCGAUGCGCAAAUCAGCCAGAAAUAGAGACCGAAUCCCUCAUUCAUGCCCAUGUCCUUAACAAACAAUUGAUAUGAGCAAUAAUCCACUGGCAUUACUGUAAAAAGGAACAGCUCCCCGCCCCAGCAUCCGCUCAUCUGUACACAUCCGCGGGUAUUCCGACUCCGUGGGAGUUUGUGCGAUUGUU